CCCAGCUCCAUUUUGUGCUGGCAUCGUUCAUGGGCACUGAGCGCUUACAAAUUGCUGGACUCCUCGUCCGUUUGAUCGUCCAACUCAUCCCUCUCUUUCGCUCAUGGCCCUCGUCUCACGACUACUUCCAUAUAAAAGCAGCAUCCGCGCGCUUCCACGCUCAUCUUCAUCCUCAUCACCGUUCUUCAUUCCCUUCAGGCCAGCCGUCAACCAUACAAAACAAGCGCGCGUUACACUUCUCUCUCUCCCCAGGUCAUAUACUGCCCAAGCACAAAUGUCUUCAUCAACCACAUACGAAAAGGAACAGCUCUACGGCUAUCCUCAAGAGCGCUUCUUUGUUGAACAGCCGAUUGCUCCCGGAUCCUAUCUCGGACCCAUUGACGCGUCCAAACCAGGUGCUGACAAGAUCCCCCUGCUCUUCCAGCCGCUCACUAUCAAGAAUUUGACGAUCGCCAACAGAAUCAUUGUCGCACCCAUGUGCAUGUACUCCUCCAAGGACGGGUUUAUGAGCACCUUCCAUGUGGCCCACCUGGGGUCAUUCGCAAUCCAUGGCGCGGGCCUUGUUAUUGCAGAGGCCACUGCUGUCGAGCCAAGAGGCCGUAUCAGUCCCCAGGAUGUUGGCCUUUGGUCUGAUGAUCAUAUCCAUAAGAUCAAGGAGGUUGCAGACUUCAUUCAUGCUCAGGGAUCCAAGAUGGGUAUCCAACUCGCCCAUGCUGGACGCAAGGCGUCCAUGGAUCCGCCAUAUUCUGCGCCGCCCGAGGAAGAUUAUUGGCGAGACGAUGUCGUCGCACCCACGGGCGGCGAGGCCUUCAAGUGGGACGAGACCUACGUCGCACCUCGUGAACUCUCUGUUCAGGAGAUUCAGGAUGUGGUCAAGGCAUUCGGCGCUGCCGCUGCACGGGCCGAAAAGGCAGGACUGGACACGGUUGAGAUCCAUGGUGCUCACGGUUAUCUGAUUCACAACUUUUUGUCGCCCAUCACCAACAAGCGCACAGAUCAGUACGGAGGAUCCCUCGAGAACCGCGCCAGGAUCCUACUAGAAGUCAUCAAGGAGGUUCGUGCGAAUUUCCCGGCGGAGAAGCCCGUCUUUUUGAGAGUGUCCGCUUCAGAUCUGGUCGAGAACGUCCUCGACGGGCCUUCUUGGGACAUUGAGCAAACCGUCCAGAUCGCUAAAUUGGUCAAGGAUGCUGGUGUCGAUGUGUUUCAUGUCUCAUCCGGUGGUAACGUUGCUCAACAGCAGAUCAAGGCUUAUCCCGGUUACCAAGUACAGUUCGCGGAGCGUGUCAAGAAGGAGGUCCCUGAUCUCGUGGUUGCUGCCGUUGGUAUCAUUACAGGUGGCAAGCAGGCAGAGGAGGUCUUGGACCAGCAAAAGGCCGACCUCAUUGCCGUUGCUAGAGGAUUCCUCAGGGACCCGCACUUUGUGUUAAAUGCUGCGAAAGAGCUGAACGUGAAGGCAAAGUUCUCGCAGCAGUACGAGCGUGGUCGUCGAUAGAUCCAUUGUAUUCGUUCGCAUAGAAAUUAGUUAUCAGAAUAAAACUCAAAAAGACCGAAAUAGU